AUGAGUGAAAAACAAACUGCAGCACAGAUUCUUGAUACAGAAAUUCUUUCAUGCUGCAAAACUCUUGACUCAGUAACUCAAAAGCAACUCGUAUCUGUUAAAAAGGACCAAGAACAAAUUCUUCAAAAAAUGGCUUUAAUAAUUUCAGAGUUCGAACAGAUUCAAGGAAAGCUUCCAAAAGAGGACUUACAAGCUAGCAUACAAAAUAUCAACAAGAUUUGUGAAAGACUUGAAACAGCUAAAAAGAGGAUUCAAAAUAUUGUUCAAAGAGCUGAAACAAUGAAACUUGCUCUUGAUUAUCAGCCACCUGUUGUCAAAACGUCGCCAUACUAUGUUAUGGAAACUUAUACAUAA